AUGGAACCUAAAAAAGGACCUGCAACUCAAGCUGAGAAAAACAGAGAAAGACUGAAAAAUCAGCGAGACAACCAAUUAUUUGGCAAAGCCCAACAAAUUGACGCGAUGACACCUGAAGAUAUUUUGGUUGAGUUGAAAAAUAAAAAAUUGCCAGUGUUUGGGACAAAUAAAGAAAGAGUUGAGCGACUUAAAAAAGCACUAGGAAUACCAAUUCAAGACAAUGGAUCAAAAGGUUCAAAUAGUGUCUUAAACAAUAUUGAGCAAAUUCAAAAAAAAAGAGAGGAAAGAAGAAGGAGGAUGGAAGAAGAAAGAAUCAACAAGGAAGAAAGAAAAGCUGAAAAUGAAGCCCUAGGGAAAUUAGUAGAUGUAGAUUUUCAAAAAAUGGUUGAUCAGUUUAAACAGCAAGUUCCUCCUCAGAAGCCCCAUGUCCCUUCAUCAGAAUUAAAAAUUUGUGUGUGUGUAAGAAAAAGACCAAUUUUCUCUAAGGAAGAGAAAAAUGGCGAAAUUGAUGCUCUGAGCUGUUCGAACCCAGUAAUUAUGAUUCACGAGCCUAAGUUUAAAGUAGAUGGCAUUACUAAAUACCUAGAAAAUCACACCUUCCAAUUCGACAAUACAUAUGGAGAAAACGAAGACACAAAGACCGUUUACGAGUCCUCUAUUCGGCCUCUCUGUCCAUUUAUACUGCAAGGAGGCACUGUAACUUGUUUUGCAUAUGGCCAAACAGGUUCAGGCAAAACUUAUACAAUGCGGGGCCUCCAGGAAAUGGUAAUUUGUGAUCUUGAUAAAUUUGGCCGAGGUCAGCUUACAUUCCAUAUAAGCUUCUACGAAAUUUACGGUGGCCGCUGCUUUGAUCUGCUUAAUAAUAGAGCCAAACUUACAAUUCUUGAAGAUGGUAACGGGAAUAUUCAAAUCCAAGGCUUAGUUGAGCAUCCAGUUGGUAAUAAAGAUGAAGUCUUACAGCUGAUUGAAUAUGGAAACUCAGUCAGAACAACCCACGCAACCACCUCAAAUGAAGAUUCUUCACGAUCCCACGCAAUUUGCCAGAUUUUAUUAAAAAGCGGUCAAAGAGAGUUUGGAAGACUAAGAUUAGUUGAUUUGGCUGGCAGUGAAAGGGCACAAGACUGUGUUAGCAAUAACAGGCAAAGACGUAUUGAAGGUGCAGAAAUAAACAAAAGCUUAUUGGCACUAAAAGAAUGUAUUAGAGCACUAAGAGGAGGCCCUGGGGCACAUGUACCUUAUAGAGGCUCAAAACUGACUUUGGUGCUGAGGGAUUCUUUUGAAGGAGGGUCUGAUGAAAAAAAGGUUAUUAUGAUCACUUGUGUGUGUCCUGGGCAUUCAAGCUCUGACCAUACUAUAAAUUCACUUAGAUACGCUGAUAGAUUAAAAGAGCAAGUUGUAGCUAAUCAAGUAAACCAAUUUCAGCCAAAGCCAGAGCCAUUAAAGCCUCACCAAGAACAGCAAAAACCACAGCCAGAGCCAGCAAAGCCUCAGCCAUCUAAGAAAAACCUUCAGCCUCAAGUUCAGCAAAAUCUACCUAAAAAAAAGGAUGAAAAGCCAGAAGUUGCCGACAAAUUCAGAAAAAGCUUCAGGGAUAUGGAAUAUAUACAAAAACAAGAAGAAGACAAAAUGAGUCUAGAAAUGCUUGAUUUGCAUGAAAAAGUGGAGACAAUACUGGAAGAGGAAGAAGAGUUAUUAGAAACUCAUGUUCAUGCUAUAAAAGAAGAUGCACAAAUAUUGACAGAAGAGGGGGAAUUGAUUUCUAUGGCCCAAGGAGAUACAGAUUAUGACAUUGAUUCUUAUGUGCAAAGGAUGGAAAUUUUGGUUAAGCAUAAAUUGACAGUUUAUCAGAAUUUGUAUCAGAAGGUUAUGAGUUUUAAAGCACAUUUGAACGAAGAAGAGGAGUUCUCAAACCAUAUGACGCAGAAAUUAAAGAAAAAAGGAUAA